AUGUUACGGCAGCCAGCGUUGCCUCUUUUACCUGGGUAUAAUUUCAAUAAUAAUAUUGGACAGACAAAAUUUAAUCGAAAACAACAUUUUCAAUUGGUUGAUAAUGUGUCGAUAUUAUCAGAUCGAGAAGGAAGUCGUAAACCUUCAACUUAUAUGGGUGGCGAAUCGAUCGAUUUGCCGCCAUGGAUUGUUUAUGAUAAACAAGCUUUAAAAUUUGAUGCGUACUUUCAAGAAACAUUAAAUGAAAUUAAUCGAUCGCCGUUUCAAGUUCGCGAAGUUAAACUAUUGUUUUUUCUUGAGGACGGUACUAUACAAAUUCAUGAACCACGAGUUGAUAAUAGUGGUCUAACUGGAGGGUGUCUGGUGAAACGGCAAAGAGUUCCAUUUCCACCACCAAAUCAUCGUAGUUUUUAUGAUAUUCUUGCUUUGAAUGUAGGCAAAGAAAUUGAAAUCUAUGGACGUGUGUAUAAAAUUACAAAUUGUGAUAAUUUUACUAGGACAUUCUUAAAUCGUUGUGGAAUUCCAGUCCCAGAUCCAAUUAAUGUACCCGAUGAUCCAUAUAAGAAAUUUAGAGCUUCGGAAAAAAUUAAUUACUUAGCUCGAAAACCCAAAGCAAAGUACGAUACGUUAGAUGCAUUUUUGAAAUAUGAUAGGCAAGUUUUAAGAUUUUGGGGAUAUUGGGACGAUCGUUCUUCUGAAUAUGGACAAUUACACAAAUUAGAAAUUCAUUACUUUUUGUCUGAUGGCAGUUUUGAAAUUAAAGAUAUAUUACCACCGAAUUCUGGAAUAGAACUUCGUUCAAUGUUUUUGAAAAAAAUGAAAUUACCAAAGAAUUUCACAGGUUUAUCGGGUAUAGGAGAAAUAACACCCGUUUCUUUAUUAAAUGUUAUUGGGUCUCAAAAUAAUACAAGAUUCAUUGAUGAUGCGUUAAAUUGUGGAGCUACUUCUACCGAAUAUUAUAGUGAUCGUGAUUUGGUAUUUGGAGGAGCGUUAAAUGUAUUUGGACGUAAAGUGACUUUAGUUGAUUGUGAUGCAUUUACUAAAGAGUAUUAUCGUAAAAAAUAUGGAUUAGAUGAUUUUACUCCAGAACCAAUGCCAGCUGAGGAAUCAACUUGUUAUGAAAAUCAGACCAGAGAAUUGCCACCAUGGAACGGGUUUGGUUCACAUGCAGAUUCAGAAAUAAACUGCAAAAAAUUUAUGUUAAAGGCACCAAGUAUUGAUUUAAAGCAAUUUAUGACCAAAGAUCGUCAAGGAUUUGAUGCUUUACAAUUACGAUUUAGCGCCAAAAUGAUAUCAAAUAUACCAGAAAAUGCAGACCGAUAUUUUGUUGUAACCUAUUAUUUGGGUGAUAAAACAAUAUCUGUUUAUGAAUUAGCAUGUCGUAAUACUGGUUUUAGUGGUGGAAAUUUUCUACGACGUAUGCCAGUACCAAAACCGAACCAACCCAAAUUUUCAGCAGAGCGUCCAAAGUUAUAUGAUAAUGAGGAUUUAUAUGUGGGAGCUGUUUUAAACAUAAAUGAAUAUAUAUUUAAGUUAACCGAUGCAGAUGAUUAUUGUUUUCGUUACAUGGAACUCCAUAAAAAUGAGUUUCCAAAAGCUGAUAUUAAUUUAAUCAUGCAUAAAGUUCGUGAAGCCAUAAGACCAAUUUAUCGCGAAUUUGUAGCUGAGCAUAUUCCAAAAUCAGAUACACCCAUUAUACAUUUUGAAACAUUACGUAAUGUAUUAGAUUCAAUUAUGUCAGAACCAUUAACCGAUCACGAAAAAAUAAUGAUUGCUCGUCAUUUUGCGCCAGAAUGCACAUAUCAACGUUUUACACGCAAUGAUUUACGUCGAAUUGUUUUAACUGAAAUUAAACGUGGAUUAUGGAAUGAUUUGGAUCGUUUUAAAGAACAUUUAAAGCAAAUGGAUCCAUAUGACACUGGGCAUUUACCGAAGUUUGAGUGUUAUAAUUUAAUACGUGCAUGUAAAAUACCAAUAGAUGUCGAAAUUAUUAAUGCAAUGUUUAAAGUGCUAUGUAAAGAUGAAAAUUGUGAUAUAAUUUAUAAUGAUUUAAUCAAUUUUAUUGAUGUAAAUUAUGAGCCCUUACCAGAUGUUCCACCUGAAAAUUUUAAGCAAAAACUAUCCUGGUUAUCGGAAAAGGAACCAAAACGUUCUCAACAUAUCGAUUGGCGUUCAUUCAAUAAAUUUUUGAACCUCGAAGAAACCAUCCCCUUACCACCACCAAUUCCUAACUAUGAUGAACCAAUAAACACAUGAAUUUAUUAGUACUUUUAAUUAUACGCAUAAAAA